AUUAUAUUGGCAUCACAGGCAGCAUGGGUACACGGCAUCAGCCGCGUGCGAGCGUGACGGAUGACUUGGUCGCGUGGCACGGCAUGUCAGUGAAGAACUUUACGGUGAUGGUGGCCAAUGGCAUCCCGCUGUCAGUGCAGCGGCGCCAGGUGUGGAUGGACAUCAUCUCCACCGAAAUGAAAUACCGGUCCAAGUCCAAGCUGUCGCUGAGUUUUGUCGCGUACAUGGGAACCAUGUGGGAACAAGGGUCGGGAGUGUUGUGCGCGCUUACUGACAAGCUCGACAACAGUUAUAAGUCCACUCGAACCUCCCCCAAAAGCGGCAAAAGUGGGAAAAGCGUGCGCAGCCAGCACGGGCAGUCCAAGAACAUCGACGACCAAUACGUGCGCGACAUUGUAUUUCAGCUGAACGAGAGCAACUUUAUGGUUGUGGACAGCGACACGACGCCGUUUGUAGAUGCCAUCAUCCAAGUCGUUGGGCCAGAAGUGCGGAAUCGAGCCGAUGUCCUCAAGAUCCUCGGUUUUCUCUUGCAUCGAGAACAACAGCCACGCAACCCCAAGCCAUGCUUGCCGUUUGGGGAUAUCGGAGCAGUGUGCUUGGAUACGGUCGAGUCGACGAUUCAGAUGCUGCUGCCGGGGGUGCACAACACAAUUGUCCAGCUGCACCUACCCCGAUCCGUGUACUGGAAGCUCAUGGUCGUGCCCCUCACAGACGCCUUUCCGUCUGAAUUGCGGCUUCGGAUGAUUGAUCACAUCAUGGUCAACGGGUGCGCGGCCAUGGUGUCGGUCAUGCUGGUGUAUCUCCAACGACGACAACGCGAUAUAUUGCUGUGCACAUCUGCCGACGACUUCGAACGCAUCCACGAAGAUGACUACCGUACGUGGCUUACAUUGCCCCAGUUUGACGUGUUUUGGAAAGAAUGCAUCGACGUACAUAAGUCCAAUUUCAACCAAGUGUUUGUGGCGCGCAACAUUUUUAUGCGGGCCAAGCACUUUACUUUCAACAUGACCAGCAGCCACGGACGACCCCUCACGACCCACAACGACACCCACCGGUUGCACUUUGACGACUAUGGGUGGGUCGGCUUCGACGUCGACCACACACUGGUCGAGUUCAAGUUGGACGCAUUGCUCAAACUGUCGUUUGAAAAGGCCUACAAGCACAUUCAAGCGAAUUACAUGAACUUGCGCACGGCGCAGCUGCCAGUGUGGCUGCCGCAUUUGGCCUUCCGUGGCAUUGCGGUUGACGUCAUCAAAGGCAACUUGCUGCACAUCACCAGCACCAACGAAGUCAUUCGUGGGUUUCAUGGGACGUACGAAUUGCCCCAGAACGUGCUGGGGUUGCACUACCCUGUCCAGCAACAGCGCGCCGGCACCACCACCUACAACUACUUGUACACGAACGCCGAAAUCAUCUUUGGCCCUCUAUAUGCUUGGCUCGUGGAUCAAUAUGAAGCCGGAACGAUUACCGAGGUCGAGAUUGGGUAUGUGCCAUUGCCCUCAGGGGACAUAGACCACCAAAUGCGUCACUUGCAUCCAGAGUCAGUGUACAGUGUCUUGUGCUCGAUUGCAUUGGAAGCAACCACGGCGUACUAUGGGACAGACUACUGGCGCACGCUGUCGACAGCGCCAGACGUGCUGAUCCAAGUCAACAGCGGCGUGCGACGCAUGCUCGAGCUGCUUCACAAGUCAUGGAAGAAAAACGUGUUUCUACUAACCAAUGGCUCGUGGGAGCACACAGACACAGUGAUGAAAUGUGCAGUGGGGACCGACUGGCGGUCGUUCUUCGACCUCGUGCUCACCAAAGCCGCGAAAGAAGUGUUUUUUGAAUCGUAUCACGGGUGCCGCUUUAGGGAAGUACUCACGACGGCGCAGAAUGCCAGGUCUAUCGCCGCCGCCACGACCCUGGAGCGCGGCAAAGUGUACGAAGGUGGCAACCUCAUAGAACUCAUGCAAGCGUUGGUCCAACCGAGUUGGAAGUGCAAGAACACCAAAGUGCUGUACAUGGGUGAUCACCCGAUCCACGACAUUUUGAACCCGUCGCAGAGCGCCGCGGCAUGGGACACGGUUGCGGUGAUCCACGAGAGCAGCUUGCUCUUCAAGCAUUUGGAACGGCAUCAUCUCCGCACCAAACAAGUGCAAACGGCCAUCCAAAUGCUCUUCGACAGCGUGUGUCCGUGCCUGUCGGCGCGGAGUCGGGGGCCGCAGAUCGACACCAAGCCGAUGCCGUCCACGUCAUGCUUUUACUUUGACUGCGGUGGCCCGUACACGUCGAUGGGGAAGCUCAUUAACCGCCACGCGGUGCUCUGUGUGGACUCUGUCUCCAAGUUGGUGCACGCCGAGAACACCAUCAAUACCCUACUCCAGGCGCGCCUCGAACGACGUCGGGAAUCCGUGCGCGCGUCCGAUCCCAUGACCUCCACUACUGGACGCGUCACUUCCAAGGUGCAACAUCAAUGGUCCAACAUCUUCCGUACGUCCGUGACGACCCAUACCACGCACGACUACCCGCCUUUGCAUGUGCCCCGGAUGGCCACAACCACGACGAUGUCCGCGCAGACCUCGACCGAUCAAAAGCGAUCGGAUCGAUUCAUCUCUGGUAUUAGUCGAGGGAGAACGACCAAAGAGUAAAAAGAAGAAACCCAACUCUAUUUUGCGACGUCUUGUGGAUUGAUUCCGCUCUUCACCUGUCGAUUCAAGUUCUUCCACAUGGACCCAGCCACUGGCGACUCAGUGCCGCUUGCUUGGCUUGACGCCGCGCGCUCAUGGACUUGCUGCCCGAGGUGUCGGAGCCUACCGAU